UAAACAUAAUUAUUAUUGUAAAAACGUCUUAGAAUAUACAAAUAUGACAUGCAUUUUAGAAACGCUCGCGUGUAGUUUACAUUCAAGCUUCAUUACAACAAGAAAAAAGACCGUUUCGAGGCAUUAAUCAAAAGAAAAGACAGGUUCAGGUAGCAGUUAGGUUACGCCCCUGCGUCACAAAAAGUGGAAAAUGGCUACAAAAAAUGCUGUGGCUGGAAAAAUUGAGUCCAACAUGGCUUCACCUGAAAGAAUGGCCACGGAAAAGGGCAGAGAAGCCCAGAACCAACAAGGAGUGGAAGACGCCGACACCAGCACGACGGCAAAGAACCUGGCGUUGCUGAAAGCACACUCUCUCGAUGUGAAGUUUGACGUUGGGGAGGAAUAUGAUAUCAUAGAAACCAUUGGUACCGGGGCAUAUGGAGUCGUUUCAUCUGCCAGAAGACGGGACAAUGGCCAGCAGGUGGCAAUAAAGAAAAUCUCCAACGCUUUUGAGGUGGUGACAAAUGCCAAACGCACCUUAAGAGAGCUUAAGAUUCUCAAACAUUUCAAACAUGACAACAUUAUCGCCAUCAAAGACAUCCUCCAGCCAAAUCUUCCUCACUCAGCCUUCAAGUCUGUGUAUGUGGUGCUGGACCUCAUGGAGAGUGACCUUCAUCAGAUCAUCCACUCCACCCAAACACUAACCCCCGAGCACACGCGCUACUUUCUCUACCAGCUCCUCCGUGGCCUCAAGUACGUGCACUCUGCCAACGUCAUCCACCGCGACCUCAAACCCUCCAACCUGCUGGUGAAUGAAAACUGUGAGCUGAAAAUCGGGGACUUUGGCAUGGCCAGGGGGCUAAGUUCCCACCCCGAGGAGUCGUACUCCUUCAUGACCGAGUAUGUGGCAACUCGAUGGUACCGCGCUCCUGAGCUGCUCCUCUCUCUGAACCAUUACAGUCUGGCUAUUGACCUGUGGUCUGUGGGCUGCAUCUUUGCGGAAAUGUUGGGCCGAAAGCAGCUUUUUCCUGGGAAACACUACGUCCACCAGCUUCAGCUCAUUUUAAGUGUGUUGGGCACACCUCCUGAGGGUUUAAUAAGCGCUAUAAGGGCUGAAAGAGUGCGCUCCUAUGUUCAGAGCCUUCCAUCACGAACUGCUGUGCCUUUGUCCAAACUGUACCCACAAGCUGAACCAGAUGCCCUGGACUUGCUGGGGGCCAUGUUGCGCUUCGAUCCCCGCCAACGAAUCGGUGUGACGGAGGCACUCGAGCACCCAUACUUGGCGAAAUACCACGACCCGGAUGACGAGCCUAUAUGCGUUCCAGCUUUUGACUUUGAAUUUGAUAAGAUUGCAAUGAGCAAGGAACAAAUCAAAGAUGCCAUUUUAAUGGAAAUCCAGGACUUUCAUAAAAAGAAACAAAGCUGCCGUCAGAAGCUGCAAUUCAAGCCAUUGCCGAGAGGGAACAAGGGAGCCGCUGCGCAAAGUAAUAACCAGAGUAAUGCUCCAACUGCUGACAAUCUGACCGAAUCCUCACUGCUUCCAAUGGUACCAAGAGCACAACAGAUACAGCAGCAGCAAAACCAUCCAGCAGAAGCAAACCAAGCAUUUGCUGAUCAGAUCAAAGCCUUUGACAAGUCUGCAGCCCUUUUAGAUGUCACCAGGACAUGCGUGACCCACAAUUUAUCGCUUCUCAGUAAAACUGAAAGUGGCCCAGUUGACGUGGAUAUGCCCAGUGCCAACUCUGACAGCGGCCAGCCGGAGACGAUAGAUUUAACGACCCCAGUGUCUAGUCAGGGUGCUUCAUCGGAAGCGAUGAGAGACCGUGAAGUUCAUGAGUAUUUAAUGAACACUCAGGCUCAGUCAGCGGCCCAGGCUCCCACCACUGCACCGCCACGGAGGACGGCACCCAUACCCGCCUCUGCCCACUCCCUGUCUCUGUCUGUGGCACAGGCCCACUCACUCUCUCAGUCCCUUUCACAGUCACUUGGCAAGAACUCGAGGAGUUCUCAACCUGCAGCAGAGGGAACCAGGAAAGAGGGCGCCAUUUCAGAGGACACCAAAAAUGCCCUUAAGGCAGUUUUAUUAAAGUCUGCCAUCAGACAAAAAGCCAGGAGUGAUGGAGGAGCCUCGGCCAUCGGUAUUGACUGCGGUGCAGGAGGAGGCGCCUCAUCCUCCCUGUCCUCUGUUCUAGAGUCCCGUCGGUCUGUCACAGCCCAGGAGCGUCAGCGGGAAAGAGAGGAGAAAAGAAAGAAGAGGCAGGAACGAGCAAGAGAGAGGGAGAAAAAAAUGAAAGAAAAGGAAAGACGGGAGGGAAAACAGGGGGACUCUUUGGGUGGGGUGUUGCUGAGUGACAACGACAAGAGCUUGUUGCAGCGCUGGACGAGGAUGAUGGACAGCCGCUGCGACAAAUCUCAAACUCCUAACAACGAUGGAUGCAAGAACAAGGAUUGUAACGAGAGUUCUCACACGGGUGCAGUUACAGAGAUCACCGCGGAAACGAUGAACAAUAAAACCGACGAGGCGAGAACGUUUCAGGCACACAACCAGCUAAUCUCUCAAGUAAACCCGAACCAGCAUGGCUUGUUUCAGUCGCCCAGCGCUCAACCACCAUCAUUGCCUUUCUCCAUGAACCAGCAGACCCCCUCAGCUGAUCUAGUUACUGUGAAUGCAGGGAUCGACUUAAUGGCCAUGGCUGGUGGGUUCGUUAAAAACGCCCUGAAGCCUCACCCUGAAAGUGGCGUCCAAAGCAGGUUUGGCUGUUUAGGGAAUUGGAGUGGCCAGCAACUGGCGACGAGGCCGCCACACCAACCAAACAGAACGACACAGCCGGCGCCAUCCAGCUUCCUGCAGCCCCAAACCAAGGCUGACCCGCAGCCACAGCUGCUCCCUUUAGAGAGUUUUUUGUCAAGAGCGGCAACCCUCAACGCCCAAGAGACCAACGGGAACAUGGGCAUCGGAGGUCAGAAUAACCUCAAUACGAUGACAGGAAAUUCAGGGCAAAUAGAGAAGCUAUGUUCUACAUUAGGAGGGAAACCAACAUCAGAGACCAGAAAUCCCCUCUGUGGGACAGUAGGGGUCUCCUCUCAGCCUCAUCCCAGCCUGGUGUUCACCGAUACAGGACAGCAGGGAGCCCCUACUGCUCCUGACAUCCACACAGUCACCCUGCAGCUGUCCAAGUCCCAGGUGGAGGACAUUUUACCGCCGGUGUUCUCAGUCACCCCUAAAGGCAGCGGUGCUGGGUAUGGCGUGGGCUUUGAUCUGGAUGACCUUCUGAACCAAUCUCUGACGGACCUGCAAAACUGUGACCGGGACAGCUAUGACUCAGCCCCCCUCUCCGCCUCCCUCUUAUCCGACUGGAGCGAGGUGCACCGCAUGACUCCAGCUGACCUGGAGUCGCUGCAGCAGGAGCUACAGCUCGGCUCUCCCAUGAUCCUCUCUGAUGGCAUAGCUCCCGACUCCUAAGUUACAUUUUAAACAUUUGGAAAACGAAAUUGCUUUUUUUAGAGAGAGAGAACACAAGACUGAUUUCUCUGUAAUAAAAGACAAAUCUUGGAAAUAAAUGCAUGAAUGCUACGUCACUUUAAAUAAAAAAAAGGUAAAAGAUACCUAAAUAAAAGUGUGCACU